AUGGAAGACUUUGAAUACAGCGUGGAGAUCUGUGACCGCGACUGGGAAUGCUUCUUUGCAGAGUGCGAGGAGUGCAACCUGCUUCCUCCGUCGUUAGCAGGGCUGGACUCUGGGAUGAGUGACUUUGAUGAAAAAGGCUCCAAACUAAAGAUGUUUCGCAAAGUCGACCUAUUGUCCGGCGUUUCAGAGUCUGACCGACCCAUCGACGGCCCCCCAGACUGCGAGGGCUCUCCUGUGGAGCAUUACCUCAGCAAACGUGGCGCCGGUGCAAUGGAGAGCGUCCUGUCAGGCAGUGAGGAGGACACACACCUGCAGUCUGUCAAUAUGUUCUUUGAAAGACUGAAAAAUCUUUCAGAGACCGAGAGGCUUGCUGAGCCAUGCCAAGAGAGAGCGGGAGGAAACGGAGGGGCAGCCGCGGAGGAGGAACAGUGUAGUGAUGGGCACCGAUCCAGGGGCGGCACUUUGCCAAAAAACAUCCCCAAGUCAAACUCUCCGCCUGCCGGGGGGGAAACAGCAGUUGGCGCAGAGACGCCGAGGCCUGUCGACGCCAUCAGCAAAAUAAACACAAAGAAAAAAGUUGAGUCUGGCUCCAGCGUUUCCUCUGACUCUGCAGCCAGUAACUCCGUGCUCAAAACCAACAUGUCAGCCAACCCUGAAACAGAGUUAUUUAUGAGAGGAGAGGCCUGCACACAAACACGGUGGAAUCAGAUUUGUGACUUACCGGAACCAGAAACACCUCUGAAGGAUACUAAGCAGGAGCAUUUCUUUAUAAGUCAAUUCACAGAAAGUGAUCAGUGCAACAAGUAUUUGCCCGGCAAUGCAGAAAUGGUGACACGGAUUAAACGCAAGGAAGAACACAACCCUGUUUUUCGUGUAGACGCAACAGGCCUAAACAAAUCAGCAAGCCCACAAUCCUCUCCAUCGGCCUCCAUCAAGAGAAAGAGGAGGAAGAAGAGACGACUCGGCUUUGAGUCGGCCGACAGUGCCCACGGCUACGAGAGGCGGUUCUUAGUGAAGCCGAGCGACUCAGAGGAGGAGCAGUACUCGGGAAGAGGAGGAACGGGUCUGUGCUUACCUGACGAUGUGAAUUUAUUUUAUUCAAACUCACCACAAAACAAUGUUGUGUCCUCUUUAUACUCAGUCUCAAGCCGUCUUCCAGUGAGGACAUCUGCUGAGGAGAUCAAAACAAAUGAUUGCUGUCAUAUUGUUCCGCCCGGUGACAGUCGAUACAAACACCCACUCAGACGGGAAAGGUGUAAAGUAGCAACUUUGGCUGAAAAUCAUGCAACAAAUAAUAAGUCUGUUGCACCCUGUGUCGACAAUGCAAUAUCAGCGACAAGCAGCCGUGUUAAUGUGGAAACAGAUUCACAGCCAUGCAUGAAAUUACAAGUUGGAGAAUUAACAGAAUUGAAUAAACAUCCUUGGUUGGGGGUUUCCGUUCCCGGCCGUGUGACUGUUCGAUCAGACAGAAAAACAGCAAACAGUGCAGACAGUCUCCACGAGGCUGAUAGGGCGAGUCAUUCGAUCAGUGGUCGUGAAAACGGGCACAACCUUAAGUGUUGUGCAGCCGAGGUCAAAUCAAUCACUCGCAGUAUUUCACCGAGCGCAGAGUCAGAUGAUCGCGCCGUGGGAGUCGGCCAAAACGACAAACUAUCCGAGGCUAACUCAGUCCUGGCUGCAGAGGCUGGAAACUCAGUCAGAGAGGACAGCACACCGUGUCACGGACCGGCUGAGUCCCAACAACAGCUGGAAAUCGAGCGUCAUGACACAGACCAGUUAAGCUCCGCUCUGGACAACACAAAACCACAGCAAUUCAACACCACAGCCCUUCCAUUCAUACUAGAGAUUUCCAGUGAGGUGACCUUACCCGAUACCUUACCUUUUGCCUCCGAUUUAGACAUAAAUAAUACAGUACAGCAAACGGAGCGCCCUCUGGAGGUUCAGGCUUUGUCCAAAUUAGCUCAAUUAGCAGCAUCUCGGUUAGUGUCUCCUGGGAAUCCCGGCCCAUCUGUGGAAAUCAUCAGUCCGAGAGAAAUCAAAUUGUUCACCUCUAAAGACGUAAUAACAAGUCCUUCACUUAUUACAUCAUUAUCAUCCCUGCUCACAGAAUCCGGAGCGCCACUCUCAAAUGAAGACAUUGCUGACCUGUCUGGUAGCUUCUCUUCAUCUGUCAGACAAAAUGAGUCUGGAGGUCAAACAGAAAAAAAAACACUGAUGUUGUUUACACACAAGGACGGAGAAGCUGAAUCUGGACCUAAAAGAUGGUCCGAAUCAAGUUACUCAACAGAAUCUAAGUGGGAUUCACUGGACGGAGCAUGGGAGGCUGAAUGUGAACCUGAAAACGCACCAGAUUCAAAACACUCAGUGUUUGCCAUGUCUUCUUUUUGGAGGGAGAUGGAGAAGCUGACGAUAAAUGACAUUCUUGGAUUACGAUCCGUGCCACCUCUUCCAGAAAGUCAGGAAACAGACGCGUCUGCUUUAACUGAUUCAGGUUUUUUUACACAAUCAGAUGAGUCCAAGCUCAAACAAACCAGUGAGCACAUGCCCAGUGUUCCUGAUCUUGAAAAAUCAAGUUUAGGUGCUGUUCUGGGAGCUGAUUCUUCCCUUUCGAGAAGUGUUCUAUGGGAGAGUGAACCUGUGCUGAUGAGUCUAGGUUCAGAUACUUGCACAGAUAAUACAAUGAUGACGUCUGUGAGUAACAUUUCUCAACCAGUCUUCUCUGGAAAUGCACAACAGAGCCACAGAAAGAUUUCCAAAACCUUAAGUGGGCACAAUCUAGCUGCUCUGUAUUCUGACUCAUUCAGCUCCAGGUUGAAAGGCCAAACGUUACAAACCCUAGAUGAAGAAGGAUCAGAAAAGUUUGAAUGUCUCUUUGAGGAUAAGACACCAAAGCAAGCGGACAUGGAUUCUCCACCUUCCUCUUGGACAGAUGGCUACAGAAUCUCGGUUUCCGAUAUUUUCCAGUACCUCUUUGGUGGAAAGCCGUCGAUUCCCAGCCAACCAGCCAAAGAAAAUGUAACUACCUUCUACGCUGAUGGAAAUUCUGUUUCUGAAAAUUAUGAUCACUUUUUCUCAGAGUACGAUACAGAAACCUUCUUCUGCCCUCUCUUCUCAGCGGAGGAUCAGACCAAAGGUGAGCAGGUGCAUAUCUGUUCCUACUCACGCUCAGCUUGUAGAAAUCUACAGUUCCCUGAGGCGUAUGAGGGCUUCUUUGCAUCCUCCUCUCCUGAUGAUUCGUCAGUUGAAUCUGAUGAAGAGGACAACUGUAGACCUGUCAGGGUGGUGACCAGGUUUACCCACAACGCAAACUCAUCCCAGAUUUCGACAGACAUUUAUGACCAUUUCUUCACAGACAGCGACCUGAGAGAGAACUUCUUCUGGAAAGCAACGCUCUCUUUCAGGAAUGUGAAUUUUUCUCGUAUCACGGUGAAGAAGCAGACUCUCCCAAGCUCCCAAACGUCUCAUGUACCUGUGAGGCAAAGUGGCAGAUCCCUUCAAAGGACACUUUAUCCCAGUAACGCUGUGCGGAAUCAAGACGUGAUGUUUCCUGAUCCACUUCACUACUACCUGGAGGACAGGAUCUCCAGACAGCAGGCGCUGCAGCCUUUCAGAAAUGAGGGUUUACAGACGGCUGUUUCAAAUCCAAGGCUGGAUUCCUUGCUCCUGCCACUCCGACAGUCAGACAUGUGUCUGGUUUGUAUCGCCUUCGCUUCAUGGGUACUGAAGACCGCAAACCCACAAGUUGGAGAUGCCUGGAAAGCUGUUCUGUUGGCAAACGUAAGUGCUCUGUCAGCAAUCCGAUACCUGCGUAAGUACGUCAAGAUGGAGGCGGCCGCCAACGAGAAGGAAUUACUCUGCUCUCGAUACACGUCACCAGUGAAAUUAUCAAUUUUCCCAUGAAUCCUGGAUCUGAGUCACUGAGGGCCUUGAUCCACUGAGGAAUAUGACACAUGUUUAAUGUGCUGCUCCGUGAUUGAACUGUAACUCCUUUAUUAACCCAAGUUUCACUGACGCCCUCAUAGAAUGGAAAGAGUUUUGUUUAAUAACAGCUGUUUUGCUUCUGCAGGGCGAGAGGAGACAUGUGUUUUUAUCAGACAGGAGACUUUACAGGUUUGAGACAUUUGUAAAUAAGGUUUCAGGGAGUGAGAUUAGCAGCAGAGCCCGGCUGAGCUGACGAUGUUUGAUGAACUUGUGAUGAAUGGAUUAACUUGAAUCCCUGACAAACAAUUUAAAUGGAGCUGUUGGAGCAUGUUUUGUUUCAACUAGUUUUAUGUAGCAGCUGAUUUUAUCUAAAGUGACUAUGUUGACUAUUUCAUGAUGUGAAUGAGAUCAUAUCUGUUGCAACAUUUUUCACUGUAACAGAACCCCCAUAGUUGUUAUUGUGUAAUUGUCAUUGAUUGUCAUCUUUGCCAGUGUUCUUAUUAUGUAUUUUAUGAAGGGCAUUUGAUUGUCAUGAUUGAUGAUUUAUAGAAGACUGUACAGUAUUUGAUCUAAGUUGCUCUGUGAGCUGUUCAUAUUUCGUGGAUCGACGUCAGUUUAGCAACAUUAAAUUGAAUUG